AUGAGCGGUGCAGACGGUGUGGCCUUGGCGGUUGAGUUAUUUAGAACAACCUUUCCAACGCUAGACAGUGAUGUUUCAAGCUACGUUGAAGGUAACCCUACCUUACUUACUAAUUUUUCAGGAAUUUUGCAGGAAAAUGCCGAACAUUUUGAUUGUGAAGGUGAUGUGCACGAUGCGAUUGGUGGUCUUCUGAGUAGCUUUUCCACUGAGGUGUCUGAGAAAGAAGUGGACGAGUUGUGUUCCAGGAUCUAUGCGUUGAUGAGUUCCAGGCAGAAUUUCAAGGACCAUGAGCAGACAUUAGAUGCUCCUGUACAUAUGGCCACCUUACUUGAUAACUUCUCCGACAAGGUCGCGGACAACAAUAGCAUUUGGAUGGCAAAGCGUGAUAUGUCUUCCGUGGUGGACCUCAAGAAGCUCGAGAAGGCUGAGGCCAAACUUAAAGAAAAGCAAGAGAAAAAAGGAUUGAACUCAAGAACUGUUGGAUCUUGUAGCACUAAUUCCAUAAAAUCUCUGGACAACGGGGAGGACGUCGCCACUGUUAGUCAGCAGAUCGAUAGACGCGACGUUCACUCAACUGUGGAUUCUUCUGGUCGAUUUGUUGGUGAUAUUCGGAUAGAAAACUUUGAUGUCUGUUAUGGAAGCAGGUAA